GCUUACUCAACUUCGCCUAGCCCCGCCUAUCAUGGGCAACAGCAACGGUGCUAGGUAGUACAUAUUCGAGCUCUGUCACACUCUCAUCCUGGGUGACGACUUCAGAUGAACGACGAACCACUACUUUCCACACCGAGAUAACACGACGGACAGACACCCUUUCAUGAGUACCAGCUUUGAUCUAUCGCCGGUAAUAGGCCUGCUGCAGGUUCUCCCGCCGAACUCGAGCAGAACACCCUCCACCGCGGGCACCAGUUGUGACCAGGAGUCGCUAUUCCCUGUCCCGAGUGGCGAGAGCAACAAGAAGAGCAAGGACACGGACAGCUCCCGACAGCUGGGCGAUUUCGCCGCGAUAUGGCACUUCCUGGGAUCGAGCGUGCCUGCCGCCACCGCCGGGAGUCGCGUUGGCGCACCAAUCUCCGAGCCCUCUACCACGCCGACUAUAUUCACGACCCGCCACCGCACUCCCAAUAACGACACCGACAGCUAUACAUUCGCGCCGCUCACGCCCUCGAAACCGGAAUACCCCAUUCUCCGCUCGUCGGGCUCGCCCAGCAAGCCGCGACGCGUGGUAACGUUCGCGUCCGCAGUCGGGUUCUCGGAUGAAGACAUCAACACUGCAUCAGCCGCAUUUACGUCUGCCACGGGCUUGAAAACUGCGCUGGACGACAAGACCUGCACCGGCGUGAAAGCUUUCGUCAAGCAUGCGUCACGACCGAUGAUAAUGCCUGCUCUCACAUCGGAGCAGAGGAAGAAGAGCAUCAUACAGAAGCUCCUGGCCAUGUUCCCCGAGGAUCGUGGAGGGCUGCUGAAACCCACUGGGACGGGGGUGGUGGUGAAAGGGGGGGUACAUGUGUUUAUCGAUAACAGUAACGUUCUAAUCGGUUUCUACGACCACAUGAAGAAGCUGCGAGGCUUCAGCAAGAACGAGUCCGUUCGGCGACCACCAUUCAGCUUUCACGGGUUAUCUUUGAUCCUGGAACGCGGCCGUCCCACGGCCAAAAAAGUCCUCGUCGGGAGCUCGCCGAUAACACCGGUGAUCCUCGAGGCGCGCGAGCUAUCCUACGAAACGAGUAUUCUCGAGCGCGUCGAGAAAGAGCGGAACACAGGAUCCGCCUCGUCGGGCUCCGAGUCGGCGACGAGCAAGCGUCGCAAGGUGGAGCAGGCGGUAGACGAGAUCUGCCACCUGAAGAUAUUGGAAAGCGUGCUGGAUUAUAAGCCAGGCACGAUUGUGUUGGCCUCCGGAGACGGGGCCGCCGGAGAGUACAGUCCAGGAUUCUUCAGGGUCAUCGAGAGAUGCCUUAUAAGGGGAUGGACGGUCGAACUCGUCAGCUGGAAGAAGAACCUGAGCGGGUUCUAUAGGGAUAAGGCGUUUUUGAAGAAGUGGAAGGGCAAGUUCAGGUUUGUGCCGCUUGAUGGGUUUGCGGAGGAGUUGUUGGCUUGAUGUAUGGACGGUUGUGUUUCCGUUUGUGACGAUCUUUCGGAUCUCUAUGGGCGAUAUAUUUUUCUCGAAUGCCCCCUUUCCUUUGCGGUUUCGUUUGUUGCUUGCUGGCGGUGUCAUUUACUCUGCUAUAUAUUUUUGCUGUUUUGCCUACACCUUGAUUGAGGUGCACUCCGUUCUGUUUCUGUUGCUAUUUUGGUUUCAUUAUCUCUCUUCUAUCUGUCGAGUUGCAUAUCGGAGCGGAGUCUAUGGAUUGCGUGGUGGGUUUUUGUCUGGCGGUUGACGGUUGAUUGGAUAGCCGUGGCCGUGUGUAGGCACGCAUCUCGAGAGUCGAGAUCACAAACGAAUGAAUGAAGGCGUUGCGAGAUCGUUUUGGCGCUGCAUCUACCUACACAAUCUGUGCAAGAGUUAAAUCCAUU